GGCUGGUGCUGGUGCAUGUUGUUGUGGUUGAGAGUUGUGUUGUUGUCCACCGACGAAGGCGGGGAGCAGAGCAGACCGGCGACCGGCCGUGUGUUUUGGUUUACUACAGCCCCUCGGCGCGUCGUUAGCCCGCAGUGUCCGGAACGCACUUUUCGUCUAGUUCUCGCUCAUGUGGAUGUGGAUGGCUUAUUAGAUGCGAUUUCUGAAAACGCCGCCAACGGCACGGCGCGGGUUCAAUCCUGAGUCCGUGGUGUCUGUGGUGUCGGUGACCGUGGGAGCGACCGCCCCUUUGUGCUGAUCUGAGAACUAGCCGACAACCAGGCGUCACGAUUCGAUGCUUUUCGAAAUUGGAAGGACGUAGAUUGUAGAAGUGUCUACUCGCCGAUGCGUUCAAUGCCGGUGCUCAUGUAAUCUAGAGGCCAGCACAGAGUCGUCCUGCAUCAUAAUUUUCUUGACUAUGGUAGAUUUGGACAGCUUAGACACGAUGCCUCUCACCGGUUUGCUUGAAGAGUUUGUGACCCAAGAUGCAACUCUAGAUUUGAAUUGCAAUGUAGUUAAAAACACGACACAAGACACAACAAAUAUUCCAGUCAUAGAUCUUAGCAGCGAUGAUGAGGAUUCGGGUCUUGAGUUAGGUUCUUGUCAAGAGACAAAUAAUCAAAAUUUUGAUGUUGACUUAUCAUCUCCUGUUAAAGAAACAUCCCCACAAUGCUCUCCCUUAUCCCAUAAUUUGGAACCACCUGUAAGUGUGUCUUGUCAUAGUGUUAAAAAAACUGACGUUAGCAUCAAUGUUAGCUCUCCCAAUGCUUCUUUUUCGUUAAACAGUCUUCCAAGCGUAUCUGAACUUUCUAGUUUAGGGGUGAAAAAUGUUUUGGCUUCCUAUUUAAAUUAUAAACCAAGUGCAGAAUUGCCCACUACUACUUCUGAAAAUGAAUUGUCUCUAUCAACAAGUACCGAAUCCUAUAUAGACCUUGAGUUGUCCAAAACCGAAGAGCUAGAAAUCCUUCAAGAAUUCAAGUUCCCAUGUGCCGAUGAACAUUCUCUAUCCUCAUUGGACUCUGGAAUAACAGUUCCCUCUCCUGAAACUGAAGCAAUUUUAUUGGAAGAGUCAGAGCAGUUAAAGCCCUAUGAAUUAUCAUCUGGGUGCUUUUCAACCUGUGCUUCCUUCUUGGACUACAACAAAUGUCACAAAGUUGCAACCCUUGAGGCUGAACAUCUGGAAUCUGAUGUACCCAAUUCUGUUACAUCAGAUGUAGAAGAGCUUGGGACUGCCUCUGCUCCCACUUGUGAAACUUCAGACUCAGCAUUUGUACCAUCACCUCCAGCCUGUCAGCUUUUGGAAAAGGCAGAUAAAGAUUGUCCUGUAGUGCUGUCUGGAUCAGAGGUGACCCACCUCCCAGCAGCUUCUUCUUUGCAGUCCUUAGAUGAAGAAGUCCAAAUUGAGAGAAUUGUGACGGCACAAGCUAAAUCUUUUGUUGAAGACACUACUGAAAGUGCUGAGGAUUUAUUAUCAAAUGGUGACUUUAUUCUGGAUGAAGUUUUGCCCUUGCUUCUUGAAGCAGAGGCGGCCUGUUCUGUUGAUGCUGAUCCAGUUAUUGAAAAUGUUAAUGAUACUGAACCAGUUGAAGAAGAUACUGAUACAUUAAUAUUAGACAGCUCUUAUAACAUUACGUUAAUACCAGAUAACUCUUUUGAUACUGACCUAACUAUUCAAGACCAUUCUGCUCCAACAAGUGUUGAUACUAGUGCUGAUACUAGCACAGAUGCUAGUACAGAAACUAGUACAGAAACUGCUCCGGAGGGAACUCAACCAAAACCAUCAUGGGCAGUGCCAUGGAUUAGUACUGACGAUGCUGAAAAUGCUGACAACAAUGAUCCAGAAUGGGAUCUAAUGAGGAAGUUGGAAACAGAUGAGGAACGGUAUCGAGUAGUGAGAGAGCAAUGGCGGCAGAUGACCAUCCCUGAUCCCAGAAGAAACCUCACUUGUCAUAAUUUCAGAAGAAUUUCAUCACGGCGUGCAACAACAAAUAAUGCUACUCAAGGACAGUCUAAGAAGAGAGCAAGAUCCCAUGAUGAUUGUAGUGAUGUUGAUCAUCCGAGCAAACGAAGGAGAACGUAUUCUUGUGUCCAGAUGUUUGAAAACAAAAUUAAUAGUUUGCAUCAACAACUGAAUAAGAACUUGGAAGGAGUUCAUGCUGAACACGAAAGGAAACUGUUUGCUUUAAGUGACCGUCAACUGCAGCAACAACAAAGCCUAAUGAACUCCACUGCACCACAUCACAUUGUCAGAAGACAAAUAGAUGACUUGGCGUACCGUCAGGAGAAAGAAGUUGAUGGUCUCCAGGCUGAAUUUAAUGAAGAGGUUCAUCAUGUAAAAAGAGACACAAUGCAAACCAUUAACAUUCUGCAGAAUGCUAGUCAGGAAGUUCUGGCUUUCAAUCAAUUCUACACCAAUUUAGGCGACUCUGAUGACAAUGAUCAUUGCAACAUUUCAGAAGAAGAGUUACAACAAUUUGAGGAGAUGGAGCAGAUGUUUGAGGCAUUCGAUCAGAUCUAUACUGGUUAGCUCAGUGGGCCUUUGCUUUCACCACUAAUCAGUAUUGUCUUUAAUUUGAAGACAACAUCCUGUUACUUUGCUGGUGUAUUUGCUUUUCUUUCAGUCAAUAUGUAAUUCUAUGACUAAUGUUUCUUUAUUUAUCUGGAAACUACUGUAUUUCUUCAUCAUCAGGCCAUGCUAUACAUACAGCAUGGUGUCAUAGUUGAGUGCAAUUGAUUAUCUAUUGUGGCGUGGAUGGUCUGAAAUAUUUUUCUCACUCAGGGUAUUCUCAGUUUGAAGGCUGUGAUACUUUUUGCCAUUCAUAUGUACCUGUAUAGCAAUGGUAAGACUUGACAAUAGAUUGUAACUUUUUGUCAUUUAAAUCUAGUUAUAAAAAUAUAAAUUACAUCUUUUACUUAAAUUUUUCUCCAACUCCUUGGCCAAAUCUUUACUGUGUUCAAUUUUAUGUUGCUCAUAGUAUAAGUUACUACUUUGAUUUGUAUUGUAGUACUAUUCUGGAGUAUACAGUAGGUUGCUGGCGGUGAUGGUAUGAAGUUCCUUCAUUCAUAAAUUUACCUAGAAUGGUUAUUGUACAAAUGUUUUGGAAUCUCUCUAAAGAUUUAUUUCUUCUUUGAUGAGCCUAUUGUGGUAUUUUUUGUUUUUAUGCUAGGUAUUUUUAUUGUUUUUAUUUUUCAGCUGAUAAAUGUUACCAAGUUUGACAUGUUUUCGUGCAGUUGUUUUUAAAUAUCUGUGCUGUUAUGAAGAUAUGUAGAAAUAUAUUUACUAGUUUUAGACACA